AUGAUCCUAGUUUGGUUUCUGCUGCAGGAGCUCCCACUGGCUGUGUUGAGGAAGCCACACUGUUACUGUGCCUGGGUCUCGUCUCUGUUUAGACUGAGUCAACGUUUGCCACUGGACCAGCCAUGUCUGGAGACUAAUGGCACAGAACACACUGAUGCCUCCAUCUCCACAUCCCCGACUGACCAAGACUACUACCAGGUCUACCAGACACCUGUACUUGGUGAGAGCCAUGAAUAACCUUUAGUUUCACCAAUACUACAGUCCAAGUUUUCAACCAUAAAAAAUAUAUGGACUUUUUACUUCACUGCAACUGUAAUUAAACUCUUAGCAACAGCAUGCUACAAUACAGUAUUUUAGGGAUAGAUCAAUGGCGUGUUUUUAUGGCGAUGUUCAACCAUGAUGGUUCUGCCUCAUUCAGACUCUAGGUGCAAAGAGAGGACAUUUCUGCCUGAGAGGUCCACCUCCCUGGUGGCUCUCUCCAGCUUCCCCGGAGCUGGAAACACCUGGGUACGCCACCUGAUCGAGCUAGUGACGGGCUACUACACUGGCAGCUUCUACUUCGAUGGCGCGCUUUACAACAGAGGUGAGGCUUUGAACACAGCUCAGGUGUUUUGAUGGAUAAUAGCACAUACUGGGAAUGCUUGAUGUUUCCUACUGAAAUGUAUCAUUGUAUGUUUUUCAAGUACGCACUAAAAUAAAUUUGACCUUGGAGCUCUCAUAGAGAAUUUCCAAUGUAUGCACUUGUACAGUACUUACAAAUAACAAUAACAGAAGCUUGAUCUUGAGCUUGAAUGCUCUGUGACGCAUGAGUUUGCGGAGGUUUGAUCAUCUUGGGUAUCUGGGGUUAUCUACCAGGUUUCAAAGGGGAGAAGGACUACUGGAAGAGUGGGCGCAGCAUCUGUGUGAAGACUCAUGAGAGUGGGCAGAGAGAGAUAGAGAUGUUUGACUCUGCCAUCCUUCUGAUCCGUAACCCCUACCAUUCCCUCAUGGCAGAGUUCAACCGGAAGUGUGCUGGACACCUGGGCCAUGCCACAGACGCACAGUGGAGGAGCAAAGGUAACACCACACAACAAGUACAGCUCAGUAGUUAGGGAAAUGGACUGGGGGUUAUGUGGCAACUAAGGCAUGCAAAAACCAUUAAGGCAUGCAAAAAAACAACACAAAGAGAUUGUUGGGUUUUGGUCAACUGUUUGCCUUGAACAAAAAUCUGUUUCAAACAGAUGUUCAUGAAUGGUGACAAAUGUUCACGUCAGCUGCCAUACCUCACUGCAUAGACUCUGAACGUGAGAUGUCAGCAUUGUCUCGACACAGCACACACUGAUAAGAUACACUACAUUACCAAAAGUAUAUGGACACCUUCUCAUCAAACAUCUCAUUCCAAAGUCAUGGGAAUUAAUAUGGAGUUGGUCCCCACUUUGCUGCUAUAAGAGCCUCCACUCUUCUGUGAAGGCUUUCCACUAUUGUUGCGGGGACUUGCUUCCAUUCAGCCACAAGAGCAUUAGUGAGGUCGAGCACUGAUGUUGGGCGAUUAGGUCUGGCUCGCAGUCGGGCUCUGUGCAGGCCAGUUCUUCCACAUCGAUCUCGACAAAACAUUUCUGUAUGGACCUCGCUUUGUGCAUGGGGGCAUUGCCAUGCUGAAACAGGAAAGGGCCUUCCCCAAACUGUUGCCACAAAGUUGGCAGCACAAAAUCAUCUAGAAUGCCAUUGUAUGCUGUAGUGUUAAGAUUUCCCUUCACUGGAACUAAGGGGCCUAGUCCAAAUCAUGAAAAACAGCCCCAGACCACUAUUCCUCCUCCACCAAACUUUACAGUUGGGACAGGUAGCGUUCUCCUGGCAUCCGUCAAACCCAGAUUCAUCCAUCGGACUGCCAGAUGGUAAAACGUGAUUUAUCACUCCAGAGAACGCGUUUCCACUGCUCCAGAGUUCAAUGGCGGCGAGCUUUACAACACUCCAGCCGACGGUUGGCAUUGCGCAUGGUGAUCUUAGGCUUGUGUGCGGCUGCUCGGCCAUGGAAACCGAUUUCAUGAAGCUACCGAUGAACAUUUUGUGUGCUGACGUUGCUUCCAGAGGCAGUUUGGAACUCGGUAGUGAGUGUUGCACCCGAGGACAGACGAUUUUUACGUGCUACACGCUUCAGCACUCCGCGGUUCCGUUCUGUGAGCUUGUGUAGCCUAACAUUUCGUGGCUGAGCCAUUGUUGCUCCUAGAAGUUUCCAAUAACAGCACAUACAGGUAACCGGGCAGCUCUAGCAGGGCAGAAAUGUGAUGAACUGACUUGUUGGAAAGGUGGCAUCCUAUGACAGUGUCACGUUGAAAGUCACUAAGCUCUUUAGUAAGGCCAUUCUACUGCCAAUGUUUGUCUAUGGAGAUUGCAUGGCUGUGUGCUCAAUUUUAUGCACCUGUCAGCAACGGUUGUGGCUGACAUAGCCGAAUCCACUAAUUUGGGUGUCCACAUACUUUUGUAUAUAUAGUGUACCUCUUUUCCCCCUCUCCUCUGUUUACUUCAGAAUGGCCAGAGUUUGUUGACAGCUACGCCUCCUGGUGGGCGUCCCACGCUCUGAGCUGGCUGCAGUUUGGCCGUCGCCUGCUGGUGUUACACUACGAGGACCUGCAGAGGGCGCUCUUCCCCCAGCUCCGGCUCCUCACCUUGUUCCUCAACGCCACCGUGAUGGAGGAGAGGCUGAUGUGUGCCCAGAACAACCAGGACGGCCAUUUCAAACGCUCUGGGGGGGCCCAGCGGCCCUCCUUCGACCCCUUCACAGCGGAGAUGAGGAGCACCAUCGAUUCCUACAUCCACACGGUGGACCAGGCCCUGAGGGACAGGAACUACAACGGCCUGCCACACAACUACUAA